GAAGGCUGUUUAAAGAAAAAUCAAAAUUUCAUUUCUGAAUUUAUAUCAAUUAAAUUUACACCAUCAAAUGAAAAUUCUUGUUAUAAAAAGAGGACAGAGGAAAUGCUGUCUGUGUGUGCAGCUGAAGCAAUACUCAAGGAAAAAUUGACUAAAAAGAAAAUAGAAUUCUUCAAUGACAACUUUAAAAAGAUAGCCUGUGCAAUCACAAAUCAAGAAAACAGUCAGGAUUGGAUGACCAUGGAGCAACUACAUGGGGCAUUAGACCAAUUGAAUACUGAACUGACAGCAAUCUUGGAGAGAGAAGCUGAAUCACAGAAGAACCAAAAUAAUUCAGAGGGACCGUGUUAUAAUUUAAAAGCACUAUUUCUUGAAAAAGAGUGCUUAAUUAAAAAAAUA